AUUUAAUUUGACUUUUUUCUGCAUUUUUUGUGUAUUAUAUAAGGAAUAUUUGAUUUCCAUUGAUUUAAAAACAAUAAUAAAUUUGGGUUAAAAAUUAAUGCUUAUGCUAGUAUCCAACAAAUUUAUUUAAUCUUAAUAAUAAAUAUGUAUUCAUUUGAAAUUUGAUGUUUAUUGUUAAUAUAAUAUAUAAUAUUUUAAUAAAUAUUUGUGAUAGGUAUUUCACGUGGUAGAUAAAAUGUACUACACAUCUUCCGAUGAAAAAAUCUUAUAUCGUUUUUAACCCUACUUUUUUCAGUCCAAUUAAGAAACACAUUUCAAACAGUUAUACACUAUACUUUAUUUUAUAAUCAGGCCUUUUUUUAGAAAAAUUUUGACAAACGUUGCUUUUACAAAGAACUGGUGCAUUUCGGUCGGGCCUGCGUUCGGACACCAAUAUUCCAGCAUGGGUGCAUUCAAAAUUCUAGAGACGCCGAUCAAAAGCGAGAGCGAUAAGAAAGAUUAUCGUGUCAUUGAGCUGGGAAAUGGUUUGGUGGCAUGUCUAGUGUCUGACACUAGCGCAAUUCAAGAAGAAGAAAGUGACGAUGAAGAGUGUGAAUGGGAGAGUGAAAGUGAAUCAGAGCAGGAGAGCAGUGAAGAAUCAACAUCUGAUGCAACAGAGUUUGAUGAUGAAAAAGUUCACAAACAGGUUCCAGAACAAAAACUAGCAGCUGCUGGUUUGUGUAUUGGUACAGGCAGUUUCCAUGACCCACCUGAAGUGCCUGGUCUUGCCCAUUUCUUAGAACAUAUGGUUUUCAUGGGUAGUGAAAAGUUUCCUACCGAAAAUGAUUUUGAUUCAUUCAUACAAAAAUCUGGCGGAUCCGAUAACGCCGCUACGGAUGCGGAGACCACUUGUUUUUAUUUUGAAAUUCUGGAAAAACAUCUCUUAACUGCUUUAGACAAGUUUGCGCAAUUUUUUAUAUCGCCACUUAUGAAAAAGGAAGCGAUAUCUCGGGAAAGGGAGGCAGUUGAGUCAGAGUUUCAGAUGGCGAUGCCAAACGACUCGAAUCGCAAGGAACAGCUAUACAACUCCAUGGCCCGUCAAAACACCCCGGUAAACUCGUUUGCUUGGGGCAAUCUCAUAACGCUCAGAGACAACAUCGCGGACGACGAUCUUUAUGCAAAACUGCAUGCGUUCAGAGAACGACACUAUUCGGCACAUCGCAUGACGCUUGCCAUUCAAGCCAGAUUGCCACUUGACACGCUACAGGAGUACGUUGUUCAAUGUUUCUCCAACGUUAAGAACAACGGAAUUGCCCCCCCAGAUUUGACCAUUCACAAAAACGUUUUCGACACGCCGGAGUUCAGAAGGGUCUACUACAUGCAACCUACCAAAGACAUCUGCCAGUUGGAUUUGACUUGGGCUCUGCCGCCGUUGAAAUCAAAGUAUUUGACAAAGCCACACGAAUAUCUGUCUUAUUUGUUGGGCGACGAGGGAAAGGGUAGCAUUCUCUCCUAUUUGAAGAAAAAGGUUUGGGUUUUAGGUAUAUCGGCGGGAAACAGCGGCUCCGGUGUUGACGACAAUAGCGUCUACUCCUUUUUCAGUCUCAAUCUGGUCAUGACUGAGGAAGGAAUGACCCACAUGAACGAGGUCAUUGAUGUGGUAUUUUCCUAUCUGAACAUGUUAAAACGGUUGGGACCUCAGAAGCGGAUAUUCGAUGAGAUCAAACACAUCGCCGACACCUCCUUUAAAUACCGCGAUGAGGAGAGCGCGAGCGACUACGUGGAAGAACUGUGCGAGGUCAUGCAGUUUUAUCCGCCAAAACAUUAUUUGUGCGCCGAAGAACUUCAAUUCGAAUACAACGAACAGGACAUUACUGAUGUUUUAAACCAACUAACUGCCGAUCGGCUUAAUAUCCUGGUGAUGUCCUCCAAAUUGCCCGCAUCGAUACCUAUGAACAAGAAGGAGAAGUGGUUCGGAACGUCGUAUGCGGAUCGGGACAUUCCGUCCGAUCUCAUCCAUAGGUGGAACGCCGCCAAAGAAAUACCGGAAUUAGACCUUCCAGUUCCUAAUAAAUAUCUGACUGAAGAUUUUGACGUGCUUCCGGUUCCCGAAAACCCUUCCAAGUAUCCAGUGAAAGUCUGGGAGUCGCCCGCUGCCGAACUAUGGUACCGACAGGACGAUGAGUUCAGACAACCCAAGGCCUAUUAUUAUAUUUAUAUGAUUAGUCCUAUGAUUAUGGAGUCGGCUUCUAGCUCUACAAUGUUAGAUAUGUUGUUUAAUCUGUUGGAGUUUGGAAUAGGCGAAGAAUUGUAUCCGGCGAUAAGCGCCGGUCUCUCCUACAAAUUCGGAUCUUACGAACGAGGACUUUUACUGAAGGUGAGCGGCUAUAACGAAAAACUACCUUCAUUGAUUUGCGUGCUGGUCAAUCACAUGAAGAGCUGUCGAAUCGAUCGUGAAAUUUUCGAAGCGGUCAAACGAAAACUGAUAGACAGAGACUUCAAUCGUUUAAUCCGACCCAACACUCUGGCAAAGGAUGUGAGAUUGAAUUUGUUGAUCGCAAAUACAUUCGGGCCUAUGGAAAAGUUUAAGGCGGCCUCCGAAUUGACCUACGAGCAAAUGGUGGAGUUUACCGAGAAGUAUUUCAAAAAUUUGUACGUGAAAACUUUGGUGCAAGGCAACGUUUCGGAAUGUGUCGCCAAGGAGACAAUUCAACAUUUGGUGCAAGUUCUCGAUUGUCAACCGAUCGGAGAACAAUCAUUUCCGCAUUACACGGUCAUUGAGGUUCCAAACGGCCAACAUUGUUGCAGAGUUCAGAAUAUGAACCCAAACGAUUCGAACUCCAUUAUCACUAAUUAUUAUCAAAUAGGUGAAAUGACUUUAAGAACCAACGUGAUUUUAGAGUUAAUUAUGCUUUUUAUUGAAGAACCUCUUUUCGAUGAACUUCGAACCAAGCAGCAGUUGGGCUAUCACGUAACGGCUUCGUUGAGGGACACGUUUGGAAUUUUAGCUUACACAAUCAUGAUAAACACCCAGGCGACCAAAUAUACUACCCAACACAUCGACUCACGAAUCGAGAGUUUCGUAAAACAUGUCCGUAAUUUAUUGAAACGUCUGAAAAAGGACGAACUAGAAGAACUGAAAACGACGCUGAUCAAAAUGAAGCGGACCAAGGAUGUGGACAUGAAACAAGAGGUGGACAGGAAUUGGAGUGAGAUUACAGAGGGUCAUUACAUGUUUGAUAGGCUGGAAAAAGAGAUUGAAUUGGUUGGUGGAAUUGGACUGGAAGAUCUAAAGCAGUUUUGGAAUGAUUAUAAUUUAGGCGGCAGAAAGUUUAAGAAGCUGAGCGUUCAAGUUGUUGGUCAUGACGUGAAUGCUGUACCAGGAUCGGGCGAUAAAGAAAAGAAUUUGAAUCUGUCGUUGCUGGGUUCGGAAACAUUAGCCACAUCUGAAGAAAAGGACAAAGAUUAUUUCAUCUUGGAAGUGGACAAAUUCAAAGAAGCUGCUCCGAAAUUCCCUAUCAAGAAAGAAACAAUCUUCCAAAAAUAAAUCCUUUUACCCAUAAAACCAAUGAAA